AAAACGAGCCGGGACAUGCGCUACGUGCCCAAAAUUGCCCGUUAAAAUUCGCAAUAAAAUUCGUAAACGUUGUUCAAUUCGCCCCAUUCAUAAGUUCAGCAACCAAUAGGUUGAAAUAUUUUAAUUUAAUUCGCGCUCGUCGCCAUGGUUCCUUUGAUUUUAUUACUAACGGCAGUGAUUUUUCAAGUGACCACCAACUGGAUAGUAUUAAGCGACGAAGUCCCCAGAAACGCGUACAACGAUGAAUACUACGACGUAGCCCGGCUAGCCAAGCGCUAUUUAGGCGCCUUGGCUAAAAACAAACAACUGCCAACCAGUCUUAGCGUACAAGAGCGAAGUCUACCACCGAUGGUAUCCCCAUACGCGCAAAAAGCGUACUCUUACCCGGGUCCGGACGAACCAGAGAUCGUGGAAAGUAAAAGGUACUUAGGAUCGCUGGCCAGAAGCGGCGAUCUGAAUUUCAGCAAACCCCAACAGAAGAAAAACACCGGCGAGCUGGAAAGCGAAGAGCCAGCCGACGAGUACAUACAAAACAAAGGUUACACGGACGAGUUACCCAAUUUCAUGAUCAUGAAGUUGGAAUUAAUAGACAGUUUGAAGCCGGUCAUACUCGAGUACAUCGAACAACAGAAAAAAGAAUACGAUCCGAAAAAGGUGAACUUAUUUUUAGAGAAUUUAGCCAACGCGGUGUUCGACCGAAACGAAGAGUUCUCGUUGGAGAACAUCAAAACUCUGGUGAAAUCCGACUACUUCCAGCCGGAAGAAAACGAAGACAUGGCUUCGGCUGCGGCCGCGGCCGCCGUCGCAGCGGCUAAAAAAGAACUGCAAAAACGAAAUAUUCAAUCUUUGGUGCGAGACUUCAACGUAUCAUUCGGCGGAUCGCAUCGAAGAGCGUCGCGAAAUUUCCGCGAUUCGCAAAUCGAUUUCAUUAAACGAAAUUUAGAAUCUGUGAUCAAGAAUAAAAUGUACAAACGGUACGUGGGCGCGAUGGCCAAAAACGACGCUUUCCCGCACCAGCAGCCUGGCAAACGAUAUUAUAACGGAUUCGGUUCCGAUUUGGAAGAAUACCUGAAAACGUUGCAGGCCAAAAGACAUACGAUGUACGAUAUCAACGAACCCGAUUUAACCGUCGAAUAUCCUUCGCAAGCUGCCGAACAGAACGACUAUACCGAUUAUGCCGAACAAAUGGGUCAAGAUGCAGCCAUACCGAUCGGAAAACGUUAUAUAGGCGCAUUAGCGAGAAGUGGCUGGUUACCUCGCGGAUUUGCUGAAAGAUCGAACAGAAUGUCAUCGUCGUUUGAGACAAAAAGACACAUCGGUGCUUUGGCAAAACUAGGAUGGCUAUCUUCGGUGCACGAUUCACCAAACUACUCCAACUAUUACUAUAGAGGUGGGCGGGGACGAGAUUUUAAGCCACCUUCGUUUAAAGGCCCUCGAGCCUAUUUUUUAAAAGCCGACAACGAUCUAGGACGAUGUCAAUGUAAAAGAAGUUCCGAUACGAGGCCCACACCACGCUGGAUGGGCGAUUCCGGAAAUGAGAAAACCGUCGAUUGGACGACACCGGAAAUUAUAGACUCAACGAAGCCCUCAACGACAACGAGUUCAUCGGCAAAAAAUUAUUUCUUAGUUCCGAUUUUUGAUCACUUAAUUUUUCGUACUCUGUAUCCCAAUUUACAAGGUUAAUACUAUGUUUGUAAGGUUUUUAAUAAUUAUAAAUAAUGUGCAUACUUCAUACUCACAUGUACUUAUAAUUUAAUUACAUAAAUCUGUUUUUUUUUUUUUUUUUUUUUAUCAUUAUAUUUAUCAAUACAAAUUACAAACAUACGCGUUACAAAUAUAAUAAACCAUCAAAUCAGUAUGGUACCGAUUAAAGGCUAUACGCGUUUACGCGUAUAAUGCUGAUUUUCUUAAAAGGGCUUCCAUUUUCCUCGAAUACAUUUUGUUUAAAAAGUUUUCCUCGACUACUGACAAUAAAAUUUUUAUCAUGUUUCGUGUUGACAAUAUAAUGACAAUAAAACAUCAACAGAAAUGUUAUUAUUUUACAUUUUGAUUUUUGUAACAUAUGGUAUUAGGUAUGCAUACUUAAUUUCCUACUUAUGUGCAUUCUGUUUUAACGAACGUUUAAAUCUUUAUUGUACGGAUUCAUUGUAAAAAGCGAUUAUAUCAUUGUAAGUACUGAAAUAAAAUACUUGACGGAA